GAUCCCCUUCCCUCCCACUUCCCUUCCCUCGCCGCCUCCCCCAAAAUCUCCGCCUCCUCUCCCGUUCCAGAAACUCGCGCUGCUCCCUCCCUUCCCCCACCCAAAUCGAACGCACGCAGAAGCAGCCCCCGAUGUCGAUUGCGGCGGCGAGGUCCCCGUCCCCGGGCCCGGCGUCGAGGCCGUGCUGCGGCGGCGGCGGCCUCAGGCGGAGCGCCGACUCCAGCCCCUUCAGGCCCGCCGCGUCCCCGCCCGAUUCUCCGCAGAGGAGCUCCUCCGUCUGCAAGAACAGCGGCAGCCGCGCCUCGCCGCGGCCCUGCGGCGCGGAGAAGGAGAACGACCCGCGGGACGCCGCGAGGACGCACAAGGUUCGCACCAGCGGUGGUGUCGGCUGCGGCGGCGGCGGCGGCGUCUCCAAGAGCUUCAUGGCGCCCACCAUCUCCGCCGCCUCCAAGGCCGUCGCGCCGUCCGCCUCGCCGAGGAAGAGGAUCCUCGGGGAGCGCAACGACCCCGUCCCCUCGUCCCCGGGCGACCACCUCGCGCACAGCAGCGCCAAGCCCAGGGGCCCGCCCCCGCCCCCGCCCGAGGCCACUCUGGGCGCGCCGCGCCGCCUGCGGCUCUCGCUCGACGGGGUGCCCGCGCCUCCUCCUCCCGCGGCCGCGCCGGUCGCCUCGCACGCCGCACGGCACUCGUUCGGUGGCGACGAGGAGGUGGGGAAUCCCGCGUGCAAGAACCGCCAGGACGCUGGCUCGGCGGCCGCCGCCCCGUACGACCCCAAGACGAACUACCUCUCGCCGAGGCCUCGCUUCCUGCGCUACAAGCCCAACCCCCGCGUCGAGAUGUACCGCCACAGCGGCGGGGGCAGCGUUCGGCGGCUUGAGGACCGCUUCGCCUCCGAGAGCAGCAGCACGGAGGAGGAUGCGUCCGAGGAAGAGCAAGAGCAGACGACGCUGUCGUCGGUGGCGGACGACUUCAAAGAGGAGGAGACGUCGGCUCUGGCCCCUGCACCUGAGGCCAGAGCCGAGCCUGCUGCUUCGGCCGUGGCUAGCGUCCUGCAGCCGCAUGCCGCGCCUGAUUCGCCACUGGCUUGCGUGCUCACACCGGAGCAGGAGUCCCCGCGAGCUGGUGGCGUGCUAACACCUGAGCAGGAACCUUCAGUGAGCCCCGCGCCCGCUCGUCAGAAGAAGAAGAAGAGGUCUCCGCUGAGGUUCCUGCUUGCCCCCCUUGCUCUGGUUCUGUUCAUGGCUGCGGCGUUUGUUUGUGUGCCACCGCCCCCGGGUUCCCCGGUCAUGCUGAACACCUCCCUGUCGAAGGUGUCAGACUUUCUGUCAGUUCAAGAAUCGUAUCCUGUGGAGUUGGCUGCUAGGCUGAAGCAAUGGUCUAGCAGUUCGUUGAACUUUGUCACGUCCUACUGGGAGGCUCUUGCAUCUUCCCAAGAACAGGAGGUCUUUGGUCCGCACUUUGUGGCCAAUUUGAGUGCUGCUCCUGCAGAUGGAGAUGCAUAUCAUGCUGUUGGUUGUUCUGCUCAGACGAUCCCGAUCAUUGUGGAGCAGGAGUUGGAGAUUCAGGAGGUUGAUUCAGAGAGUUAUACAGAGAUGAUUGCAGACCCCGAUGUAGAGUCAAUGGCAAAAUUUGGUGAUGCUGAAGUAGAAGAACCUAUAAAUGAUGCUGAAAUGGAACAGGAAUAUGCAGUACCAAGUUUCAUGGAGGAGGCAAAUAGCUCUGUUGAUGAUGCAGAAGUAGAGGAGUUUAUUGCUGAGAUGGCAGAAGAAGUUUCAGGUAGCAGUGGAGAAGAGAUGGCCGGAGAAGCUUCAGGUAGUGGUAGUGAAGAGAUGGCAGACUUCAUUCAGAAUUCGGACAUCCCUUCUCAAUCUGCUGCGGAGCCUGAACAAGCAGAGGACAUGGCCUCCUUGCAGCAAGAUGUUCAGACUGAGGACUCUGAGGGUGAUCAUGCUGAUGGCAAGGAGGAUCAGGAAGCCCAUCAUGGUGAGAAGUUGGGUUCUGAUAUGUGGCCAAGUUACUUGGACAAAAUCUCAAAUCCUGCUACACUUGGUGCUGCUCUUGCUGCUUUUAUAGUUCCUGCUGCUCUGGCACUGCUUUAUAUGAGGCAGAAGCAAGCUCGUGUUGCCAUGGACUCCAAUGAACCAGUUGAGCAGGUUGAGCAAGUUGAGCAAGUCGGAAUUCUUUCUGGUUCAGGAAGCAGCGAGGGUGUGGCCAAGAGUUCACGAUCUCAAAAUCCUGUGGUAGAAGAAACUGAGAAACUUGGUGGCUCUGGUGCCUCACAGUAUAGCAGCAGCUUGUCAUCUGGGCUUGGCAGGAGGAGAAAGGCCAGGGAGGAGGGGAGUUUGGGCCUUGAGCCAGUGGUGUCGAGGAGGGAUUCCACAGCGCAGUCCACAGCAUCUUAUGGUAGUUUCACCACAUAUGAGAAGAUCCCCGCCAAGAAAGGAAACAAGGAGGAUGAGGCGAUGACCCCUGUCCGGCGUUCCAGAAGGAAUGUGAAACCACCAGAAGCCUAAGAUGUCAGGAAGCUGGUCCUCUUAACUACUUCCUAGAGGAUCUAACUCUUAGAUUUAGCAUACACUUCGGUUGCUGCUUAUGGGCAUGUCUCGGUAUUUGACAGAUGUGUAUGGCGUGAUAAAACAGUUCUCUGCUGUUUUUCCUUUUAAAACGAUUAGGACUUGUGUGUUUAGCAUAACUGGCUAAGAUUUCAUAAUUGAUUGUUAACUUGCUUAUUGUACUGUUUGCUAAUUGAGAUGAGUAUCUUCCUUCUAUAUGUUCUUGGAAUAGUGAUCUGAAAGCUAUCCUUCACAACA